CCAGGCGGCGGGCCGGACUGGGCCAGGCCUAGCAGCCGCGUCAGUGAUAGGCUGGGUGGGGAGAGCGAUGGCGGCUCCUCUCGCCCUGCUGUUGGGCAUCAGCUUCGCGCUGGCACCGCCACUGGCUCAAGCCCGGAGCCUGCGUUUCGUUACCCUGUUGUACCGCCACGGGGACCGCUCCCCAGUGAGGGCCUAUCCUCGGGACCCCUAUCAGGAGAGCACGUGGCCCCAGGGAUUUGGGCAGCUCACCCAGAUUGGGAUGCUGCAACAAUGGGAUCUGGGCCAGUCUCUCCGGAAGCGUUACAAUGGAUUCCUGAACGCCUCAUACAAUAGGCAGGAGAUCUUCAUUCGCAGCACAGAUUACGACCGGACGCUGAUGAGCGCAGAGGCCAAUCUGGCAGGACUGUACCCCCCACAAGGACAACAGGUGUUCAACCCCAAUGUUUCCUGGCAGCCAAUCCCUGUACACACUGUGCCCGACUCUGGGGAGAGGCUGCUGAAGUUUCCAUUAUCCCCUUGCCCGCGGUAUGAGCAGCUACAGAAUGAAACCCGGCAGUCAGCAGAGUACAUAAAUAAAACCAGACAAAAUUUGGAGUUCCUGGAGAUGGUGGCAAAUCAGACAGGGAUCCGGGAUGUGUCCCUGGAAUCUGUCUGGAACGUGUACGACACACUUUUUUGUGAGCAAACACAUAAGCUGCUACUGCCGCCAUGGGUGACCCCAGAUGUCAUGACUCGGUUGAAGCAACUAAAAGACUUUGGCUUUGAAUUCCUGUUUGGGAUCCACCAGCAGAUGGAGAAAGCUCGUCUGCAGGGUGGGGUCCUGCUGGCUCAGAUAAGGAAAAACAUGACCUCAGCAGCAAAUGCGUCUGCACCCCAGCAUCUGAAAUUACUUGCCUACUCAGCACAUGACACAACGCUUGUGGCACUGCAGAUGGCUCUGAAUGUCUACAAUGGGAGGCAAGCACCAUAUGCCUCAUGUCACAUAUUUGAGCUUUACCAAGAUGAUGACAGUAACUUUUCUGUGGAGAUGUUUUUCCACAACGAGAGUGGGAGGGAGCCUUUUCCACUGACACUGCCUGGCUGUGACCAGCACUGCCCCUUGCUGGAUUUCCUGCGGCUCACUGACCCCAUCAUUCCCCAGGAUUGGGCGCGCGAAUGCCAGGUAGCAAGCAAUGUUCAGGACACAGAACUGAUUGUGGCUCUGGCUGUCUGUGGAUCCAUCCUCUUCCUCCUCAUUAUCCUCCUCCUGACUGUCAUUUUCCGCAUACAGUCCCAGCCACCUGGCUACCGGCAUGUUUCCAACGAGGGAGAAGAACAGCCAUGACAAUUGCUCUGACCCCUCCCCAGGGAGCAAGAGGGAGCAGCGCUGCCCCUGGGAGUGGUUGGGUUGUCCUUCAGUAACUGAGCAUUCUUCUGCACAGAAGCUGGACUCUGAUGUGACCAGCCUCUGGCUGCUCUUUAGAUGAGACAUGACAUUUGGAGGUGAAAUUCCAGGGCAUCUGGAGCAGGAUGGUCCAACUGCAUGGAGGCAGUGGCUUGCCCCCUUGAAUCCAAUGUGCUGUGUGGAAUGCCUACUUUUAAUACAUGACAAAGCUGGGGCUCCCCUUCCACAGCCAGCUGCUCUUCAGGAAUAAUCUUUCUCCUUUUAAUGGUUGUAAUUUUACCAAUUAUCUUAGCAGCAGAGAGGACUGGGAAUCUCUCCCAGUAGCUGCCAUCACCUGCUCAGUUGGUAACGGCCUUGUUUACUGAGAUCAGAAUGAUUUGAUUUCAGUGUGAUUCCCAAUCUGCUUUGAGCACUUUGUCUUGGGCCAUUGGGCUGAUUACUGUGUGAAGGCUGGACCUGGACCAGAGGCCCCAACUCACACCCACUGGGUAGAGGCUGAAUCCUCAUCUGCUUUCCAAGAAGAUGGAGCUGCUGGAGAUCACUGGCUUUACAGAUGAGGUUGUGGGGUCCCUUGUCUUUGCCACUUAAGUGUUGCUGGCACCUGGUCACUCCUUCCUCCCCCCAAUUCUGUUCUGGGGGGAAAAACUGGCCUUAAGUUAGGGUAGGAUUGUAAACCUCCUAUUGGACCCAAGCUUCAGUGCAGGGGUAAGUUGGAGAAGUUCUAGGUAUCAAUGGACUUUGCCACAUGGAUUAGCCCAUAUGAUACCCAAUUCCUGAUCCUUCAGUUAUCAUGCACCUAGGCUGUUGUGCAAUGCUGUACAAAGGAGAAAGUACCCUGCCUGCUCCGAGCUUUAAUUGCAUUCAUAAUCCUAAUUUGCAAAGCUACAAUCGGUGGGUGUGGUUAUGAAAUUAGGGCUCUCUCUCUACAGUUACAGCCUUUUGUUUUGACUUCCCUCAGCUGUGAAUGCCACAGGCUGCCUGUAGCUACAGCCCCUGUACCACACCAUGGGUGCAGAUGUUGACUGUGGGCCAAACAAAUGUGCAUGGCAGGCAGAAAAUUUUACACUGCAAUUAAAGACCAUGUAGCAGAACAGUUUACUCCAAAACUGGGACAUGUGCCAACCUUGCUAGUUUUUUCCCCCAUCCCCCACAUUAGUGUCAUUUAAAAAAUAAAUGCUCAGCUUAAUAGGUGGGACAUGCAAGUGACCCUGGGUCACUAUGCACCUGUCAGGGUGAAUCACCUGGAUCUUCUAGAUGAGUCACUAAAGGUGACUCUUUCCUGAGGCCAACUGUGGGGAGGUUGCAGGGAUCUCCCUGCAGACUACAACAGGUGUUGAGAAUAUUAAUGGCUAGCAGUCAUCAUCUUCUGCCCUCCACUACAGUUUCUGGUAAACAGUGAGGGUGCAGCAGGCACCAGAGGCUCUGGCUCCUCAUAGGGUGAUGUUGCACAUUCACUUCCUAGUUUUAGUUCCUUUUCUGGUCCAGUUCCCUUCCUGGCAGUGGAGGCUACUAGCAGGCUUCCUUUUCUUUCCUUCCACUUCACCAUGGGGAAUUUUACAGGCUGCUACCAGUAUGGGAACUCUAAUGCAGCAGAACCAGCCUGCUGCUCUCAGCAACUGCCUUACCUGUUUCUCACUUGGAGAUACAAUUUAGUUCUCCUAAAGAGCAAAACACAGUCACCAAGAACAAGCAGCUGCUCAUGAGAACAGGACUGAAGGAGAAAGAUGCACGGAAGUGCCAUCAUAGGGGCCUGUGUAGCAGAAGGGGCUAUUUUUAAAGGCAGCAGAUUUUGCACACAUGGAGGAAAGGCUUCUAUAGUGAUUUAGACUUUGACUGAAUGAGUUUCUGUAAUUCUGUUCCAUUACCUCUUGCCUUUUCUUCAUUAAAAUCAAAGUGAGACUG